GUGACUUCCUCCUCUGAUCUGAGAGCUGAGCUGCUGCGAGCUGGACUUUCACUCGUCUGUGAGCGGCGCGCGACACGCCCACAGCUCACCUGCAUACCUGAGCGAGCAGCCGCUGCUCUGGUCUGAGAGCUCCGAGAGCGGAAGGACUGCAGGAAGCAUGAGGAGCAGCUGAGGAGUCCAGAUCAGUGGAGGGAUGGGAGCCCCGCUAGUGUCCUGCCUCUUCUUCACCUUCACUCUCGCCGCAGCGCAGGAGACGGGAUAUUCCCGGGAGGGUGAUGAGAUCCACAUCAAGCCUCCAGACUUUGGUCCUCCAGAGAAGAUAGUCUGGAGGCGUAACGGCAAGGAAGUGGUGACGUUUGACGGCAGAGAGCAGCAGGAGUACCGCCCGUACAGGGACAGAGUGCAGCUGGACUGGCUCUCUGCUGAGCUCCGGAUCAGAGAUGGACAGGUCCAGGACAGUGGGGUGUAUGAGCUGGAGCUUUGGUUCAAGAACCGGGAGAACCUGGUUCAAAACAUGUUCUACCGCUGGGAGGUCAUCGAUGAAGUCUCCAUCACCAGAGUUUCCUGUGAGAUGGUUGGUGACCACCAGGCAAAGCUGCUCUGCUCUGCUGAUUGCAGUCACCCUGAACUGCUGACCUUUGAAUGGAGGUCCAAUGGAACUCAGCAUCCUGGCCCCAACAUGACCCUUCUCCUGGAGGAGCCUGACGACAGGGUGUUCACCUGUCGCGUGAGGAACCCUGUGAGCCAAGACGAAGCCACUCUGGCAGUGAGUCGCUGCUUCCCAGAGACACCAGUGCACCAGUCGGUCGUGCCGAUCGUCGUCGUGCUGUUGGUCAUCGCUCUGCUUCUGAUCCUGGGCUUCGUGUUCCGGAAGAAGCUGAAAGCGCUGUGUGCAGCAACAUCUCCAGCUGACGUGGAAAAACAGGCGGCCAAACAGAGAGAAGCUCCACUCAGACGCGCCCUGAACUUCUUCAGGCUUCCACCUGGGAAAAGUGACGGUUCACCUGGGGAAGAGAACCAGGCCAGAGAAGACCAUCACCUCCUGAAGCCUCGCCCCGACUCGGUCCAUGCAGAGAGCGACCAGGGGGAAGAGGAGAGCCGGUCAGUGAGCAGAGUCCUGACGCUGCCGUCUCACCAGCCUCUGGCUCCUCUGCUCCCCUCAGAGAGUCCCACACCUGGAAGCAGGACGGAGAGGGCUCUGGAGAGGGAGCCCAGGUCAGCCGAGUCAGAUGGAGAGAGUGUGGAGGGAGGAGGGCAGGAGAGCAGACCUGUGGAGGCUGAAGCUGGAUCUCAUGACCUCACCGAGGAGGCUCCAACAGGGUCAGGACUGAACCAAGGAGAUGAAAGUGAGAGAAGUGACAACAGUGUCCUCCUCCCGGAUGGACCUCAGACCAAGGCCUCCACUGAGAGUCCCACAGCAGGAGACUGUGGUCUGGACUCUGAGGGAACCAGGGAGGAGACAGAGUCCAGGUCGGCAGAGUCAGAUGGAGAGAGUGUGGAUGGAGGAGGGCAGGAGAGCAGACCUGCGGAAGCUGGAUCACAUGACCUCACCGAGGAGGCUCCAACAGAGCUGGACACAAAUGCAGGCCACAGUGAAGACACAAAGACCUGUGACCCCAACAGAGCCCACCUCCCUGGCGAUCCAGAACCAGAGACGGAGUCCAGCUCUGGAGGAGGGAGCUGAUCCCAGCAGCAGCAACUGAACCCUCCAACCACAGAAGUCACAGGAGCCGAGGGACGUGCUCAUGUCUCCGCUCAUGAUUCCCUGUACCGGCCCACUGGGGUCUGUCCCAGCUAGUUGGGGACCUAGACACACACACACACACACACACACACACACAGAUGUACAGGUUUAGUCCGCUCUGCUGCGGGAGGCAACAGGAGUGCCGAAGGAAACCGACCCCCACAAGUAUCCAGGAGACCUUUGAGCGGGCUGCAGCGCGGACCACUGCGCCCCCUGCUGCUCACCUCAAACAGCCUUUUGAAA